CUACAGCUCGCAGUGAAUGGAGGUGCCCUCACUCAGCGCAGUAUUGCAGAUGCCCUGGCGGUGGGGAGGCGAGUGGUAGGACACUUUAAGCACUCACCACUUGCUUGCAGUCGUUUUGAAGACAUACAAAAAGAACUCAAUAUGUCCGUUAAAAAGUUGCAACAAGACGUCUCCACCAGGUGGAAUUCCACCUAUUAUAUGAUGCAGAGCCUGGUGGAACAAAAGAGGGCUUUAAGUGCAUAUGCUGCUGAUUAUGAACUCCCCACAACAUUGACAGCAAGCCAGUGGGGGAUAAUGGAGAAGAUGAUCACCCUCCUGGAACCCUUUGAGCAGCUAACCAGGGACAUCAGCUGUGCAGAGGCCACUGCUGCUGAUGUUAUCCCUGGUGUCGUGUCCCUCACGCGGCUGCUUGCCAAGACGGAUGAAUCUGACAAAGGUGUGCAAACUGCCAAACAUGCGCUGUUGGAAGCGGUCAGCAAACGCUUUGAUGGUGUUCAAACUGAACCGCUUUAUGCAAUUGCAACCAUGGUUGAUGCUCGCUACAAAGACCGUUAUUUUGACCCGGAUAAGAAGGAGGAAGCACGGAAUAUGCUGCUGAAAGUUGUGGAUGAAAUGGCCAGUGUGGGCAAUGGUCAACGAGAAGACGCUGCUGGUGCCAGUGCAGAUGAUCCAGGCCAGGAGGACCAGGACCCCCCACCUAAGAAGGCAAAAGGAAGCCUGCAGGACAUGUACCAAGAAAUCCUCACAGAGAAUGAUGUCGCCACACAAGCAACUACAGGCGAAACAGCAUCACAGGUUCAUGCAUACCUGGGAGAAGUCACCAUCCUCAAGACAGCCUGCCCUUUCAAGUACUGGAGCUCCACCCAGAUGCGCUUCCCUGCACUUGCCCGAGUUGCACGCAAGUACCUCACUGCGCCCUGUACCAGUGUAGACAGCGAACGGCUCUUUAGCGCCGUCUCCCAUGUCAUAGACGAAAAGAGAAAUCGCAUACACUGCAACAAUGCAGAGAUGCUCAUUUUCAUUCAGAAAAAUCUACCCCUCACAGAUAUGGACAAGGGAAAAAAUUAG